AAAAAUAUAGUCUCCAUUAUCAUAGUGAGACUUAAAUGAAGUGGGUGGUAUUAAAAGUGUAAUAUGAUCUCAUAAUGUGUAAAUUAAAUAUUCUAGUUUUAGUGUUAACCUCUUUAGGACUAUUAGGAUUGUGUAAUUCCACAAUCUUACAGCCAGGACAAUGUAAUACUAUAAGUGUUGAUAGUGAAUUUAAUAUUACUGAAUUUGCAGGACUAUGGGUGGAAACUCGGCGAACCGGCACCGUAGUGCAAGGCAGCGACUGUUCCACUGUCGAGGUGAAUGAGACGGAGACUGGCAUCUCCUUCAGGAACACAGCAGUGGAUAACAACUUUUUAGUUGUAACAGAAGGCAACGGAACAGAAGUUAAUGGAACAAUCACCUUGAACAUAAAUGGGGUGACGGAUUCUUUUGAGGUUCGAGCUCUUCUCGUCAGCUACAAUACGUACGCUCUUAUGUAUAACUGCGAAAAUGUUGGAGCCGACAAUAGACAGUUGACCGUUUACCUGCUCCAAAGAGAAGGUUCUCAACUCACGGAAAUGAUGACUGAACUGAUAAUCUUCACAUUGAAUAGCAACAUGGGUCUUUCUCUUGAUGAUUUGAGAUUGGUUGAUCAUUCUGAAGAGGCAUGCUAUCAACUCCCUGUGAUAUUACCAGGACAACCUGUUAUUUUAGACGGAUUAUGUGAUCCUAGUAUCCCUGCUGUUCCGGGAUUUCAAACCGCUGAUUUUAUCGGUGUUUGGCACGAAAUCGGCAGUUAUUAUUCAGAAAGUUCAGUGGGUACCUGCUCCCGGGCUGAAUACAGUUUGGGCGAUGGUGCACUCAAUGUGGUCAACAGUGAAGUAGUUAACGAGACUCUGUCUACUGUCACUGGCAAUGCAUCUGUUAUCAGUGCUGAUGGAAGCGGCAGACUAAGAGUUGUAUUAGAAAUUGCGCCUGGAGUGGCUGCGGAACAAGAACUGCUAAUUAUUGGAACAGAUUACAUCAGUUUCGCCGUUUCAUACUCUUGUGUUAAUUUGACGGAUACCAAUCAAAGACGAGUUUUUAGUUGGAUCCUGAGUAGAGCUCCGCAGUUGACGAGUGUUACUCAAAAUUUAAUAGAUGAAACUCUUCACUCCCAAAUGGAUCUGAACCAGAGGUACUAUCGAAACACCCCGAGGAGUGAUGAAGAUUGCUUCUAUUUCCCGGACGCCAAUGGGCAACCAGUAAUCUUUAGGGGGCAAUGUGAUCAAACUAUUCCUGUUAUGGCUAAUUUUAAUGCGUCUGAUUACCUCGGAACUUGGCACAGCAUCGAAUCUUAUCCGUCGCAGUUUGUAUUCGGUUCUUGUGUAAAUGCCAUCUACUCUCUUCGAGACGAUGGUGACAUGAACGUCAUUAACACUCAGGUCUUUGGAGAAAGACUCCUCACCAUAGAAGGAGUAGCUGUCGUGGCUAAUGCUUCUGAACCUGCCAAAUUGAGAGUAACAUUCCCUAUUGAAGGAACAAAUUUGACAACUACUUCUGAUUACUGGGUUUUAGAUACAGAUUAUUCAACAUACUCUUUAGUGUACACAUGCGUGGACCUUGAAAAUAAUGAGAGAGCGGUCACCAGUUGGAAACUCAGUAGGACUAAGUCUCUCAACUCGACAGUACUGACGAUUAUGGACGAAAUCAUCGACACUAUACCAGUGCUCAACAACAGCUACUAUCAGCAAGAAGAUCAAACUGUUCCUGGUUGUUUCUAUUACCCUGACCCGGUUCCUGGGCAAAUUGUCAUUUUCCCGGGACAAUGUGAGGAUAUUGCAACGGUCGACAAUUUUAAUUUGACUGCGUUCGCUGGGACCUGGAUCGAAAUGGCAGCAUACCCGAACGAUCAGCAAGAUGGACAGUGUAUAAGCCACGAAUACGAAGUCACGGGAGACAACACUUUAAGUAUUCAGUCAUCAGAAAUUGUCAACCAGUUUCUGGAGAUAACGAAUGGUAAUGUUACUUCUGAAGGUGUUAAUAGCGCGCGCCUUACUGUUAAUAUUACUACUGAUGAUGGCAAUGUGAUAUCCUUUCCUUUUUGGAUUGUCGACACGGACUAUGAAAACUACGCACUUGCGUACAGUUGCGUUAAUAGAGGGAAUGAUAUGAGAGCAGUUUACGGUUGGAAACUCAGCAGAACCUACAAUCUCAGUAAUGAAUCAAAUGACGCCAUCGAUGAUGCUAUGGCACCCAUUAAUGUCCUGAACAACACUUACUUUGAACCCGUAGACCAAUCCCUUGACGCAUGCUUCUAUCUUCCCGAUUUGGCUCCCGGAGAACCCGUGAUCCUUGUUGGGCAAUGCGAUCCUGAUAUACCUAUAAUACUAAAUUUCCAACCCGAUUUGUACACUGGUACAUGGAGAUUAUUAUCGUCUUACCCUGCUGAAUUCCAAGACGGAACUUGCCAAGAUGCCACAUACAGUCUUCUUGAUAAUGGUACAGUCGAGGUCUACAACACUCAGGUCGUGAAUGAAACCUUGGAUACAAUUACUGGAUCGGCAGUACUGGCUUCGGAAAAUGGAACUGGACUGUUGCUUGUUUCUUUCCCUGGCUCGCCAGAACAAUCAGAAUACUGGAUUAUUGAUACCGACUACACUUCAUAUUCUCUGGUCUAUUCCUGUGUAAACAUCAAUGAUAGAGAACGUCGAAUCUACAGUUGGAUCCUAAGCCGCAACGAGACCUUACCUGACGAAUCUCUUGAUAUCAUAAACGGUUACAUUAACGACAUAACAGUUCUCAACAACAGGUUUUAUCAAUUGGUCAGUAGGACUGAUGAUGCAUGCUUCUACUAUCCGGAACCGAAUGAUGAUCCAGUGGUUUUCAGGGGACAAUGUAACCAAAAUAUAACUGUUGUACAAAAUUUCAAUGCAACUGCUUAUCUUGGUUUAUGGCACAGUAUAGAGUCAUACCCCACAGUUUCCCAACUGGGCACUUGCAACAAUGCGUAUUACUCAGCAGGCGAUGAUGGAGUAAUCAAUGUCUUAAGCACAGAAGUUAGGAACCAAACCCUUAGCAGUGUAGAUGGCAUAGCAUACGUCUCCGAUGAUGAUCCAGCCAAGCUUAUUGUUUCAUUCCCAAGUGUGAAUAAUGAAACUAUAGACUACUGGAUUUUGGAUACCGAUUAUAGUUCUUAUUCAUUAGUUUACUCAUGUGUAAACUUGGAUGAAGAACAUCGUCGAGUAUGGAGUUGGAAAUUGGGUAGAGUAAAAGAAUUAACAGAGCCCGCUGAAUUAGCUAUAAACGAAACUAUAAGAAACAUUCAAGUCCUAGACGAUAGAUACUAUUUAAAGGAAGAUCAAAGUCCUGAGGGCUGUUUCUUCUACCCUGAUGCAAUCGAAGGUGUUCCUGUCAUCUUCCCCGGACAAUGUGACAAUAAUAUUUCUGUCAUUGCUAACUUCAAUAUAACUAGAUUCGAAGGACGAUGGCAUGAAAUCGAAUCAUACCCGGUUGGAGAGCAAAGACAUUGUUUGAGUCACACCGUUUCACCUGGAACCGUUAACACCUGGAAUGUAGUGUCUAACAGUGUUUCUAAUUUAUCUUUAAGCACUAGUGGUGCAGAUCUGUCAGUUUCAUCGACUGCUGAGCCUGGUCGACUAACAAUCACAUUUACUACGGCAUCUGGAGUUGUUACACAACCUUUAUGGAUUCUAGAUACAGAUUAUGACAACUAUGCUUUAGCUUACAGUUGUGUUGAUAAUGAUGACGAUACACGAAAUGUUUACAGUUGGAAACUAAGCAGAAGAAGAGAAUUGUCUUCAGAAUUUGGUGAUACUAUCAACAAUAUUAUCGAUACUGUAGACGUUCUUCGAGACGAUUACUACUGGCCUGUGAACCAAACAGACGACUCCUGCUUCUUCUUACCGGAUUUACAACCGGGAGAGCUAGCCAUAUUCCCUGGACAAUGUGACCUUAAUAUACCUGUAGUUGCAAACUUUGAUAUGAAUAGGUAUUUGGGCCGUUGGCGUCUCAUUUCUAGCUAUCCUACCUAUUUCCAAGAAGGCACCUGUAAUGAAGUCUACUACGGUCUGGAGGAAGGUUUCAUAACAGUAUACAAUUCCGAAGUUAUCGAUCAGACUCUGGCUUCUUUCAACGGGACCGCUCAAGUUAUUGAGAAUGGAAAAUUGCAAGUCCAUUUCCCUGCAGCUCCCGAACCUAUCGAAUUUUGGAUUUUGGACACCGAUUAUGAUACGUACUCGCUCGUUUACAGCUGUCUUAACAUCAACGAUGAGCAACGUCUAGUUUGGAGUUGGAAAAUGAGCCGCGGCCACUCUCUAAAUGAGACUGUUCUGCAAACUAUGGAUGAGAUUAUAGACGGCAUCAAUGUACUAAACGAUAUUUACUACUAUGAUAUCGCGCGCAGUGAGGACGACUGUUUUUACUUCCCUGAGCCCAAUGACGAACCUGUAGUCUUCAGAGGACAGUGUAAUGAGAGUAUUUCUGUAGUUCAGGAGUUCAACGUUACCGCUUACUCAGGGCAUUGGUAUGCAAUCGAGAGCUACCCUCAAGAAUUCCAAUUCGGUACCUGCCAACGUGCCCUCUAUACGGUCAAUGAUGAUGGCAGUGUGGAGGUUUACAACACACAAGUCUACCAGCAGAGGUUGGACGCUAUUAACGGAACUGCUGUCCUGGCCAGUAGUGAUGGCUCCGCCAAGUUGAAUGUCACCUUCUUGAUCGCUGAAGGAUUUGAAGUCACCAGCCCAUAUUGGGUUCUGGAUACAGAUUACGACAACUAUGCUCUUGUAUACUCGUGUGUCAACAUUGAUGAAGACUAUUACAGAGUCAGCAGCUGGAAACUGAGUAGAGAUUCAAGCAUUAACAGUAACAUCAAUGCCACUAUAAACUCAGUCAUGAGUGAUAUUAGAGUGUUAGAUCAGAGCUACUUCAUCACGUGGGGUCACAGCGAAGAAGAGUGCUUCUUCUAUCCACCACUGACAGAUGGAAGAGUUGUGUUAGAUGGUCAGUGUGAGGAUGACAUUGUUAAUGUUGUGGAGAACUUUAAUGCUACUGGGUUUGCCGGUGCAUGGUAUGAAAUUGAACGUUUCCCGUCAGAGCUACAAAGUGGUGAAUGUACUGCCAACAAUUUUGAGUUAACUUCAGCUAAUACGUUCACUUUGUCUAAAACUUUUACUUACAAUGAGAGGUUGGAAACAUUGACUGGAACUGCUAUAGUUGCUGAAGGUGGAAAUGGAGUAUUGUCUGUGAAUCUGAACAGUGAAGACGGAUCAUCUAUCAACUUGGAUCUGUAUGUUUUGGACACGGACUAUGACACCUACGCACUGCUCUACAGUUGCAGAAACUAUGAUGACAAUAGAAAGCAAGUUUUCAGCUGGAAACUCAGUAAAUACCAAGAGGGUCUUACAGACGAAGCGAAUGCCAACAUCGACCAAAUAGUCAAUAACACGACUGACCUAUUCGAGGAUUAUUAUGACGUCAUAGGUCAAAAUAACGAUGCUUGUUUCUAUUAUCCCGAGUUUGAUGAACUACCGCCGAUCAUUGAAUUACCAGGACCUUGUGAUGAAAGUAUAGUUGGUGUUCCUAAUUUUGAUAUGGAAAAUUAUAUAAGAUUAAGAUGGUUUGAGAUAUACCGUUACCCUCAAUCCGAUCAGAGCGGGUUAUGUAGCCGAGUGGAGUAUACCGUAAAUGGUGAUUCUAUAGGAAUCUUGAACACAGAAGUGGUCAACCUGACCUUGAUCUCCGAAGAAGGCACGAUGCAACUAGCUUCAAAUGAUGGCAGUGGCGUCAUUAAUGUCACCUAUGUUGUGAAUAACGAGAUAAAAGUGGACACACUCUAUGUACUCGCAACUGACUACGGCACCUACUCUUUAGUCUACAAUUGUGAAAAUUUGGACAACGGAAACAGAAUAGUUAGAAGUUGGAAGUUAAGCCGAGGUAGGACUCUUCUACCUGCAUCAGAAGAGGCGAUAGAUCGAGUUGUUGAAAACAUUCAAGGUCUAAAUAAUGACUACUACAUAGAGACUGACCAAUCUGAAGACGCUUGCUUUUAUGUACCCGAAGUAAAAGACGAAACUCCUCUAUUCAGACACCGAUGCGAAGAUAUAACUGGACAACAAGGAUUCGAUAUACAAAGGUUCCUGGGCUGGUGGCAUCAAAUCGAGGGUUAUCCGCAAGAUGAGCCCGCUGGCGACUGCGUCAGCUCCGACUACCAUAUCUUCGGCAACAACCAAAUCAGGGUCGUUGACACCGGCAUUUUCAACGUUACUGCUCAGCAAGACUCUGGUAUUGUACAGGCUGAUAGCAAUGGAAGAUUAAUACGAUACAUUAACGGAAUACAGGAUAUAUGGGUAUUGGCCACGGAUUACGAGACUUAUGCUAUAUUGUACUCCUGCAGUACUGGAUACGGAAAUAACAUGGAAUACAGUCGUGUAUGGAGCGCUAAAUACAGCAAGUCUCGCAUCACGGAGUUCCCCGAAGCAGCUCAAGCGGUUAUGGAUAACGUGAUUGCGGCGAACAAAUUCCUCUAUCCACAGUUUUACCUACCGGUCGACCAGUCUGACUCGGCCUGUUUCCACUACCCAGAGAAGACGAGAGGACAGGUCAUCUUGCCUGGCCAGUGUGAUGAGAAUAUUCCCGUUGAACAGAACUUCAAACCAGUUGAGUACACUGGCACUUGGUACGAAAUUGAACGCUACGUUGAACAAGACGAGAGGAGUCAAUGCGCCGGCACCAGAUAUACCCUGGACGGGGACUCCGAGGAGUUUACUGUGCUUAAUUGGGAUGUUAUUACUUAUACGCUGCAAACUAUUGAGGGCACAGCUGUUGUCAGCUCGGAUGACGGCAGUGGGAAACUUGUAGUGUCCAUGCCUAUUAACGGAACGGAAGUGAUGACCAACACAUCCUUAUACGUGCUAGCCACAGACUACGUGUCGUACUCGCUCGUGUACAGUUGCGAGAACGUAGACGACUACUACAGAGCUGUAACCGCUUGGAAGUUGAGUCGCACCAGGUCACUGCCGGCCGCCAGCGCAGCAGCCAUAGACUCCUACAUGGCUUCCAGGGAAGAACUCCACCAACCCUACUUCAUCCAAGUGGUGCAAAACGACACUUGCCAAGAGCCGAACUCGUCCGUAUUUAUUAGAAGCAGUAUUAUUGUCAUGCUCGCAUGUCUGGUUGUUAAGAUGUUCGUGUAAAGAUUAAAAAUUAAUAAUAUUUUAUUUUAGUUA